GUAACAAUAGCAUCGGCUCUUGGGUUUAUUGGAAUACCUCAAUUAGCUGACUAUUGUGCAAGUAAAUCUGCAUUGAUCGGUUUUCAUGAAACACUACGUCGUGAACUGGACAGUCGAUAUGAUGCAAAAAAUAUUCGCACAACAUUAGUUUGUCCUGGAGAAAUCAAAACUGGAAUGUUUGAAGGAGUAACUGUUAGAUUACCUUUUUUCACACCCUCGAUGCCUGCACUUGAUGUAGUAAAGCCUAUAAUCACCGCUUUGGAUAAAAAUGAAGGACAGGAUAUCAUUCUUCCAUUUUAUGUUAAUGUUUUAACAUUGUUGAGGUCCUUGCCGUCGUUUAUCCAAGAUCUUAUUUAUAAGUUAAAUGCUGGUGAUCGUUCAAUGUUAACAUGGAAAGGCAAAUAUAAGAAUAAAGAUCAAUAA